CGCAGUGUUUAUCAUGUGAAAUGGACUCACUUGCCCCCAUCAGAGCCUUCCUCCCUCCCGACCGCCGUGCCGCACUCCUCAUCCUCACUGCAUGUGUGUGUGAGAGUGUGUGUGUGUUCGCCGGCGUCAACACGGAGCCAUCAGUCCCCCGGAGGCGAUGGAUGCACACACACCGCGCACGGAGCUCCUUCUGCCGCACGACUACUUGAUGCUGCACCGCUAACAGGAUGCAGAAUGACUCGACUAUCUCCGCCUCGGAAUCAUCUUGGCUGCCGGCCGCCACGACGUUUCCCAACAGCAGCGGCAACUCCAGCGGCGCUCCGGAGGGGGCCAUCUACCAGCCUUUGUCCCUCUUCAGUGUACUGACGCUGACCCUGCUGGCCAUGCUGGUGGUGGCCACCUUCGUGUGGAACCUGCUGGUGCUGGUGACCAUCCUGCGAGUACGGACUUUCCACCGCGUGCCCCACAACCUGGUGGCCUCGAUGGCCAUCUCGGACGUGAUGGUGGCGGCGCUGGUGAUGCCGCUGAGCCUGGUUCACGAGCUCAACGGACGUCUGUGGAAGCUGGGCCGCGUUCUAUGCCAGGUGUGGAUCUCCUUUGACGUGCUGUGUUGCACGGCCAGCAUCUGGAACGUGACGGCCAUUGCGCUGGACCGCUACUGGUCCAUCACCAGACACCUGGAGUACACCCUCAAGACACGCAAGAAGAUCUCCAACGUGAUGAUCGCCCUCACGUGGCUGCUGUCCUCCAUCAUUUCGCUGUCACCACUCUUUGGCUGGGGAGAGACAUAUUCCGAGGGCAUGAAGUGCCAGGUGAGCCAGGAGCCUUCCUACACCAUCUUCUCAACCUUCGGAGCCUUUUAUCUGCCUCUCUGUGUGGUGCUCUUUGUCUACUGGAAGAUAUACAAGGCGGCCAAGUUCCGGAUUGGCUCCCGCAAGACCAACACCAUCACGCCUAUGGCAGAGGUGAAGGAAGAAGCUCAGCGUCCUCAGAUGGUGUUCACUGUGCGCCACGCCACGGUCACCUUCCAGACAGAUGGCGACACAUGGCGUGAGCAGAAGGAAAAGAAGGCGGCGCUCAUGGUGGGCAUCUUAAUCGGCGUCUUCGUGCUCUGCUGGAUUCCGUUCUUCAUCACCGAACUCAUCGUCCCACUUUGCUCAUGCGACAUUCCGCCCAUCUGGAAAAGCAUCUUCCUGUGGCUGGGCUACUCCAACUCCUUCUUCAACCCGCUCAUUUACACCGCCUUCAACAAGAACUACAACAACGCCCUGAGGAACCUCUUCUCCAGGCAGCGUUGAGUCGCCCUCACCUGUCUUUCCCUAGAACUUAUGACUUAUGACAACUGAUCCAUCUCGUCAUAUUUGUGUUCCACCUCACAGCAGGCCCGAGGCAGCUGACUUCAAAGAGGCCAAUGAAUGAGUUUAUUAAGAAGAAAUGCUUUCCAACUCCCUUUUCAAUUCUUUCAUCAUCAGCGUGUGUGCAGCUGCUGGGAAUUGUUGCAAACAUUUUACAAGAAGGUGGGGGGUUUAAAGGAUGGAACGAAUUGAAGCAGCAAACUACUGAGGGAGCCAUUUUUGUACAAGCAAAUGCUCAUUACGUGUACAACAUCAGGAGUGAAAUAGAACUUGACUACUGCGACAGACGACUGACAAAAUGAAAGAAACCAAAAGCUUAAAAAUUAAUAAAGCCUGCAAAAUUUCAUGGAAUCCAAUAAAGUCCAACAAUGCUCGCACUCUCACUAUGAAUCGAACCAAAAGAAUCGAUCGCGUGGAUGCUCAAUUUAACGUGACUACACAGGAAGACACAGUGCUUGUAUUGUAGCACAUUAGCUAAGCUAAUACAGUUUGAUAGAGCCUUGCGCUGUUGUAAAAGUUGAGACCGGUGUGUCUUAAAGGGGCGGUAGCAGCAUAUAUGUGUCGUUUUUCCAGACAACUAUUGCAAAGACGAAAUGUGCACCACUACUGUUAUUCUAUCCACUGCCGUAUUGGAAGACAAAAUUCUGCCCCUCAUGACUACAUAUAUGUUUAAAUUGUGAAUGACAUAAUAGGGCAGGUGCUCGGUGCCAUUGUAUAUUCAUAUUUGCUAUUAUCUUUAUGCUAUAAUUAAUGAAGUUAUGGUGAAGAUUCCAACUUGUUUUUUGCCAUGUCACUGAGUAUCUCAUUGUAUACCAAGAUUCUUAUUCCUUUUUCAAUUGUAUUUUGUAUCUUUAAAAGGUGCUGCUAGAAAAAGCCUUGUGCAUUUAAUGACAUUUUGCCCAACAUCAUAACCCUUUUUCUAUGUGUUCUUGGUAAACACCUCAUGCUGGUAGUUUCUCAGAAUGAGCAGAAUUGGGAUUCACCUAUGCCUAUAAACGCCAUGAAAAAAAAUGCCUAGUAACAAUCUGGUUACUAACACGUGACUGCAGAGUGGAUGGGUUUCCAGUACGAACCCCGUAGUGACAGUCCAUCUGAUCCCGCUGGUCUGGGUCAUCUUUUCCGGGUUCAUUUUGUGUAGGUGGAAAAACUUCCCACCUCUGCUGGGUUUGUUAGCGCUGACAAUUCUUCAUUUGUUGUGAUGGAGUCUCUUGGAGCAGCGUCCUCUCCUCGCCAGAUAAACAAAGCCUUUCCAUCAAUGGCUCCGACAUAGGCCAAUGUUUCUCCCUCUCUUCUUGCCCGCUCAGCCUUCUAAAACCUGUAGCUCAUCUUCCGCAUGUUCAGGCUCAUGAAGAUACGGUUUUGGAUCCUGAUUUGGUCCGAAAUAGUCGUUGGCGGCGACUUUCACAAAGUCUGCCAUAGCAAACUGAAGUCAAUGCACCCAGUAUUGCUUAAAAUGGCCUAAAUAGUAUAAGAAAUACUAAGUUACAUGUUAUGAUGAGCGUACCUGUUACUACAUGGUUACAGCAUGUAUAUAAAAUGAUUUUUACAGAGCUUCACAGGCGGAAUAGGUGAAACUCAAUUAUGUCCAUUCUUAGUGAAAAACUGCCAGCACAAGCUAUUUUUGUGGCGUAUCUCCGGAUUUUCCAAAUGAACAAAAAUUAUUUCUUCAGUGGCUGCAGAUGAAAAUGUCUUUAAGAUGACAGGAGUUUUUUUUUUGCAGCACAAAAGCUCACCUGAGGACAAAUCGGAACACCGCAGCUCACACACUGUUGAUAUACAAUAUUCCUGCAUACAUCACGGUGAAAUAUGAAGCCGCACAUAUUGUUCUUUUCCCUUCGGCUUGAGGGAACUGGCAAUGACCUGUAAAGUAAAAACACAACAAUUGAAACCUCAUUGAGUUGCUGCUAGGAUACUGCAUGACUUGUGUUGGAAGUUAAAAGACUCAGAUAACAAUUUAUUCAUAAAAGAUGUUAUUUUUCCAGUUGUGUUGCUUUAUCUUGUUUACUUACAUUUUACGUAUUAUCUGAUACCAGUGUGAAAAAAAAGAACCAUACAAAUGUUGCCUUAAAUAGUAAUUUCAAUACGUCAAUAAUACAGUGGAACCUUGGUUAGUGUCAUUAAUUUGUUCCAGAAGGUCGGACCCCAAACAUUAACCAAAUCUAUUUUUCCCAUAAAAAAACAAUGUCAAUCCAAUUAAUUUGUUCCAGAAAGCUAAAAAUAUUUAGUUUUAGAAUAAUAGUUUUCCAUGCAUAAAACAAUUAUCAAAAAAUCAAUGAUGAAUGAAAGGGAUACAUUAAUAUUUAAGGUGACUUUUACCUUCAUUGAACACGUGACUGUUCUCCAAGACACAAUGUGGAAGCGAGACACCACCUUCUUGUUUUGCCAUGAGUUCAUUCAUUCAUUCAUUUUCUACUGCUUAUCCUCACAAGGAUCACGGGGGUACUGGAGCCUAUCCCAGCUGUCUUCAGGCGAGAGGCGGGGUACACCCUGGACUGGUGGCCAGCCAAUCACAGGACACAUAUAGACAAACAACCAUUCACACUCACAUUCACACCUAUGGACAAUUUGGAGUCGCCAAUUAACCUAGCAUGUUUUUUGGAAUGUGGGAGGAAACCGGAGUACCCGGAAAAAACCCAUGCAUGCACGGGGAGAACAUGCAAACUCCACACAGAAUUGGCCAAGGGUGGGAUUGAGCUUGGGUCUCCUCGCUGUGAGGUAUGCGCGCUAACCACUCGGGCGCCAUGCAGCCUUUGCCAUGAGUUACUUCUUGAAUUCAAUAUUGUUUUUCACAGCAAUAUUAUAACCCCAAAUGGAGCCAAAAAGGGUACGAGAAACACGUAGCCGCCGUUGUGCUAGCAAAAGUGUACCCCAGGGGCCAUUUGCGGCUCGCAGCUUGUUUCUUGUUGGCUCACAACACAAAAAAAAACAAAAUUGGAAAAAAUUGGGCAAAAAGGGAGAAUAGGAAAAACCUUACUACAUUGUUGUUUCCUCACUCUAUUUUUUCCCAACAUUAAUAAAUAUAUCAUCAUUGUUUUGUGGCUGACAAUGGCCUAUUAUUAGUAAAAAUAAGUGCAUAUUCAAUCAAAUUGUAUGUAUUUUUUGGCCCAUAUUAAGCUUGAAGUAAAAAACCAUUAUAAGCCAUUUGGACCACCAACUUAGCAACUACAUUGAUUACGAGGUGUAAGUAAUUGAGACCACCACUGAAACCCCAGACUAGCAAAACCAACUUCUAUCGCAGGUUGAAAUUAUCUCACAAUAGGUACAAUAAUAAUAAUAAUGAUAAUAAUAACACAGGUUACUGUCGCGACCAUAGCCCAAAACAAGCUCAAAUUCCCCCGACAUUGCUUCCUGUCUGUUCCCCGACAAGGUAAACUGUCUUAAAUGGCUUAUUUACUAUAAUUCCAUCUACGAUACUGGCUAUAGGGGUGUUAUUUCAUGUCUAGGGGAUCUAAUAAUGUUUAAAAAGUAUUUAGAUGAGUAAACUACAAAAUAUAAAUAUAUAUAUUCAAUUUACAAAGAAGGAAUCCGACUUCAAAUUAACUUCUGGAACCAAUCAGUAUUCUAUGUUUUCUUUUUCCAAUUUUUUAAAAAUAUCAAAGAGGCUCCCUGCCCCCUUUUGAUUUUUUUAGUGUGUGGCCCUCAGAAAAAGUCACAUACUGAGGCAAAAUGUUAGCAUAUAUUUUCGAUUCUAACCAAAAAAACAUGCAAACCGAGGUUCCACUGUGUACAUGAAAUGAUAAGUAAUGAAGUCACUAGUAAUUGUCAUAUCACAACAAAACCAAUGUUAGACUAGUGUUGUUGCUAAUCAAACCUACAGUACAUGCAAUAGUCGUGUAUUAAUUGAGAAAAAAGAACAUCAGUUGUGCAACAUCUCCUUCAAGCAUUGUUGCGGGUGGCUGGGUCUGCAUCUUUUGAGGUGAAACCAACCAAACAAGCCCUGAGCGUUUUAGCAAGAUGCUCACCAUCGUCUGUGCAGGUAUAAAACUAUCAUCAAUCCUAACACCAGCAGUAAUAUACCUCAUCUUUGCCUCAUUUCAAUACCACUAAAUUAAUAGUAAAUAUUAAUUUACCAGCAAAUUUUGUUUUUUGGUCUGAUGACUAUCAUUUACUUUGAGACUGGUGCUGUUAUGGUACAGAGUUUGGGUACUGAUCACUAUUCCUAGCAUUAAGUGCACUGAAUUAGAAGUGAUGCUAUGACUUCAUCACCGUGGCAACAGUGCAAAUUUUCCAUGGGACUAUCUGACAAGAAUAAACUUGUGUGUGUAGGGAAAUUUGCUGCCUAACAGAGAGCUGUUGUGAUGCACUUAAAAUGCCACAGAAACACUGUGUUUUGCUAUCAUUUUAAUGCAUGUACUUUCCCACACGACAGCUGUCAAGUAAAGCAAACAACAUUUACAAAUGACAGGAUAUCAUCUUUGUGUAUAUCCUAAGUUGGAGCAACAAAAGAAAGUACCUUAAAUCCGGUGUAUCAGCCCCACCCACUAAAUUUAAAGGAAAAACAAGUCUGUGAGGACCAGUCAGCUCUUUAUUUGACAGGAGCCAAUCAUGAGCUGUGAAAAAAACACAAGCUUGUCCAUCUAUUGGAAAUUUCAGGAUGUAAUUACUCAAUAUAACGCUCUGACUCAUGGUGUCAUCUUACGAAGAACACUACCCUCAUCACACAGCAACUUAACACUUAAAACAAGAUAUUUUAUUCUUUUUUUCAUGAAUUUUGUCUGAGCAAAGCAUUUAAUUGGAGGACAAGCAGCACAGAUAAUGGAUGGAUGGCGCUGUAAUGCUGCCUUUGCCCACCAGAGGGAGGCUGCAGCGCUCCAAUGAAUGUGUUGCUCAUACGCAAUGCAUUCUUGUAAAACUUUCAAAAAUUUUUUUGUCAUUUUAAACUCACAUUGGUACAUGUUAGUAUAUCCCUCAUACCUUUUGAGUGUUAAGUUGCUGUGUGAUGACUUUAGCGAUCUUUGUAAGAUGAUACAGUGAGACGGUUAUAUUGUUAUACAGUUACAUAUAAUGACCUUCUGCAAUGUCCAAUGGGUUGUACUUCUGAAGUACAGGAUAUGUCAUAAGAUUCGAAUUUAGCCAUAAAUUAGUUGCACUGCCCUGUUGCACCCACAGGGUUCAAAGUUAAAGAAAAAAGUAGGGCUUUUAAACCGGAAUUUGCAACAACCUUUACCUUUACCUUGGGGCAAAGGUCUGUUGUGUGUGGCGUCCCACAUGAGAAUACUUUAUAUCAUCAUUUCUGUGUCUUAUUGAUGCUAAAUCUUGACAAGAGAUGAAAAAUGAGGAUUGAUCCAUCAAUGUUUCACUGUGUGCAUGUUUGCUUUGGAUUCAAAUGGUAAAAGCUGCUAAUAAACACGUGAAGUUAUGUAGUGUGGUAGUCAUGUAUGUCCAAUAACAGGGAUGUGAAGAUGUUCAGAGUGAGGAGUGUUUAACCAAAGCAAGAAGUGUUCAUUCUCAUGCAAGGGCAU